GCCCCUCCUCGCUGCCCACGUGUGGCCCGACUUAAGAUGGCGUCUCCCAUGGCAAGCCAGGCUGGGACAGCGCUGCGGGACUUGGCUUUGCUCAGAGCUUCCCUGCUGGCGAGGCGCAGCCCGGCUGUUCAGUUGGCCCCUAGACGAUGGCUAAACCUGCAGGAAUACCAGAGCAAGAAACUGAUGGCUGAUCACGGGGUCACAGUUCAGAGAUUCUUCGUGGCUGACACUGCAAAUGAUGCUCUUGAGGCUGCUAAGAGACUAAAUGCUACAGAAAUUGUGUUGAAGGCUCAAAUCUUGGCCGGAGGAAGAGGAAAAGGUGUUUUCAGCAGCGGGCUGAAAGGAGGCGUGCAUCUAACCAAGGACCCUAAAGUGGUAGGGAAGCUUGCUGAACAGAUGAUUGGAUACAAUCUCACCACAAAGCAAACUCCGAAGGGUGGUGUCAAAGUUCAGAAGGUCAUGGUGGCAGAAGCACUAGACAUUUCAAGAGAAACUUACUUUGCAAUAUUAAUGGAUCGAGCUUGCAAUGGACCUGUUCUGGUUGGUAGCCCACAAGGUGGGGUUGAUAUAGAAGAAGUGGCAGCUAAAAGCCCGGAACUCAUCUUCAAGGAGGAAAUAGAUAUUUUUGAAGGUGUGAAGGAUCUUCAAGCCCAACGGCUGGCAGAAAAUCUGGGAUUCAAGGGACUUCUGCAACAGCAGGCUGCCGAUCAAAUUAAGAAGCUGUACAACCUUUUCCUGAAAAUUGAUGCCACUCAAGUUGAAGUGAAUCCCUUUGGCGAAACUCCAGAAGGACAAGUCGUGUGCUUUGAUGCCAAGAUAAACUUUGAUGACAAUGCUGAGUUCAGGCAAAAAGAGAUAUUUGCCAUGGAUGACAAAUCUGAGAAUGAGCCUAUAGAAAACGAAGCUGCCCAAUAUGACUUGAAGUACAUAGGCCUGGAUGGAAACAUUGCCUGUUUCGUCAAUGGCGCUGGGCUUGCUAUGGCAACAUGCGAUAUCAUUUCCCUCAAUGGCGGAAAGCCUGCCAACUUCCUGGACCUUGGUGGAGGCGUGAAAGAAGCACAAGUAUAUCAAGCAUUCAAACUGCUCACUGCUGAUCCCAAGGUUGAAGCAAUUCUGGUCAAUAUUUUUGGUGGGAUUGUCAACUGUGCCAUUAUAGCCAACGGCAUCACCAAAGCCUGCCGAGAGCUUGAACUGAAAGUGCCUCUAGUGGUCAGACUUGAAGGGACAAAUGUUCAUGAAGCCAAGCGCAUCCUGACUGAAAGUGGGCUCCCAAUCACCGCCGCAAGUGACCUUGAAGAUGCUGCCAAGAAGGCAGUGGCCAGUGUGACGAAGAAAUAGAAGACACUUCCAGCAAAGGACUUUAUAUAACACACAACAUUCCCCAGGUUGUCUCAAAUGUAUAUUUAGGAUUCUUUUAACCAGCCAGGAGUAAAACUCUAUUUGGUCAGCCUAACCUAUCCAUAAUAAAUUACGAGUUUUUUUGGUGUGUAAAAAAAAUUAGUUUGGAACUUCACACAGAGCUCCUGUUGUUCAGUGAUAUUUCACAAUGGUCCGUGAGCACAUAUGAUGAGUAACCACUAUCUAUUUCCACUCUGGUUUCUUCCUCAUAUAAUAUGCCAUUGUUAGUGACUUGUAAUUUUUGUAAGGUAUUUUGGUACAUCUUUAAUGUCCUGGAGGGAUAGUAGAGAUUGGUUCGGUCUUUAUUGGUCAUCAUGGCCAGGAUCCAAGGAAGCACACAAUGGGAAUUUUGUUUCUCAAAAAUAGCAGCCUUCCAUCAUGGCAAGACACUUUUGAAAGUUUCACAAAUGCCAUUUGUGAUAAGACUUGCCAAUUGAAUUUUUAAAAGACAAAAAAAAGACUCCAAAUUGGGAUAUGCCCAGUAGCCUUCAGGGUGUAAGCUUUCUGAAUCUUGGCCAUUUUUUAAAAAAAAUAGCUUUUCUGAUUAGGGAAAAGGUAGAGAAAUGGUUACGCUUAUAUUAUGUCAUUUGAGCCAAAAUAACAGGAAUUGGAUUUUUCACUUAGAAGAUGUGUACCUGUUUCACACAUGCCUUAAAAUUGAAUGUUUGUGCUUUGAAAUCCACUGUAUACCUCACAUCAGAAGAAAACUCAAAAAUGUAGCUGUGUGAAAUCAUACUGAUAUAUCAUACCGUGAAUGGAUGAGUUUCUCGUGUGAAUACUUUUAAGCAGUGAAGGGUGACUGCAAAGCAUAGUGCCAUGUUAUAUUGAUAACUGUGUGUCCACUUAAUACUGACUGUGACCUUCCUAAUCAAUGUGCAUUGUUGUUGGAGAAUCGACAUAGCGUGCUGAAGAUCUUUUUGUGGGGUGGGGGUGACAUUUCUUCAAACAUUUAUACUGUUAUCCCACUGAGAUUAGUCAAACCUGCCUAGUAUGAGCUGUCAGGGAACCUGCCGUCAUUAAAAAGAAUGUGAAAAAAUAUAUAAACCGUAAUGAGAAUUAUUAGGGCAUAAUCUGGCUUGAGAUAAGAACUUUCCAGUUCUGUUAAUUGCAAAGAAGGUAUUAAUCAUGUGCUUCAUUUUCAUUUUGCAAUAAAUUGGACUUUUAAGUACUUAACAUUG